AAUUUAAAUGAUCCUCUAAAAUAAUCUUAAUAAACCUAAAAUCUGAGGAAUAAGAAAGAAACACAAAUAAAAUAUUUGAAAAUUGUUGUCCAAACAAUUUACAUUACAUUAUGACAUGAUGUCAUUUAGCUGACGCUUUUAUCCAAAGCCACUUACAUUGCAUUAUAACCCAUGCCUUACAUUAGGGGCUGGGUGUCUUGCUCAGGGACACUUCGACAUGUCACAGGGGCAGCCGAUUAACAUCAAUAAACACAAACACUCCUCUGACUCUCCUUCAUUCAUCUGAAACACCACAGCGCCACCUAGAGGACAAGAAUCAGCUGACAAGAAUACAUUCUCCUCAACACACACACACACAAAUAUCUUUAUUUAUAUAUGUCUAUAACCAUUAUGCAUUUUAACAUUUUACAGUGUAAGAGUGGCUCCCCCAGAAAGGCCCCCACAGUCAUUCGCCUGCACAGACUUUACACCACAAUGUGUCAAUUAAGUAUUUAAAGAUGUUUGCUCAUACCAGUAGGUAUGAUAUUUUUCACGAGGUGAUUCGUGUGUUUAAAAAAAAAAAGGAAUUGCCUCUCAUUUCAUCUUAAAUUUGUUUCUUAGCAUUGGGCCACACGCAUAUUUGAGAAAAACACAAACAGGCAGAUUGUUAUAGAUCGUUUCAAGGAUUAUUGACUUAACGUGGAACAGGGUGCGCACUAAACCCGGUGCUUUGACUCGCGGCUGCCUGAGCUCACCGUGUGAUCGCUUGGCGGGAACUACCUGACAGCCCUGCGAGGCAAACCGAGGGGGGGAAAUAGCACACAGCGCCGCGCGUGACGUCAGCAGCAGUUGGACGCGAACUUCCUAGUGUCCACUUUUUUUUUUUUUUUUUGUUUGGUUUGUAUCAACAGAGUUCAGUUAACGCGACGUGGAACUGAGGAACAAACUCCCAGCGGCCAUUGUUCACCCGCGUCGUUUUUGCGAACAUGACUCCCGUCGCCUUUAUGUGGGCGGUUCUGGUUCCGCUCGGUUGGAUGUUCGCGUCCGCCGCGGAGGAGGCCGCGAGCGCGGGCGGCGGCGGCGGCGACCCCCCCCCCGGGGUUACGCGACCCGCGGGGACCAACUCCAGCGGGGGGAACGCGACCCACGGCGGCGGCAAGAGCCCCAGGGGGAUGCUGGACGGCCUCGGGGCGGACAGCUCGAUGAUCCAGCGGGCCCUCUACGUCCUCAUCGGCAUCACCGUCAUCGGGGUCCUCUACUUCCUCAUCCGAGCCGUGCGUCUGAAGAGGCCGGCGCACAAGAAGAAGUACGGCCUGCUGUCCAACUACGACGACUCGGUGGAGAUGGAGGCGGUGGAGAGCGAGGAGGACGACACGCUGUACGAGGCCCGCAGCCUCCGCAGAUGAGUCGUCUUGUGUCCAGCGGACCAAUCGGAGGAGUUGUGUGUGUUUACCGUCAGACGAUGUUGAUCGUGGCCAAAGAAGCCGCAGGAGGAGGACGUGGACCAAACAGUUAUUGACCAUCGACGCCAAAGCUGCUCGAGGACCCUCAGCAGGAUAAUCUUUUUUUUUUUUUUUUUUAACUGGUAUUGGAAAAGAAAGGAGUUAGUGGAGAAGCAAGCGUGAGGGUUCUGUGGAUAAUCACGAUAAUCUCUGCUUAUUAUUAUUUCAAUGAAUUUUCUUUUUGCUUCCUUUUUCAUUCUGAGCCUCUUCUGCUCCGACUGUGUGCUUUAACUACUGCAAACUGACUCCAGACCAGCUGAUUCAGCUGCACAGGGACAUCGAGCUCUGGACCUCCUGCUCUCCGUCUCAUGGAGACGACUCUGGUGUCUUCACAUUAUGUAGAUGUAGAUGUAGAUUAGUUUACACGUGAUGAUGUCAUCCCCUGUCAGUCACAUCCAGGUCGUGUCCCCGGGGAAGAGUCCCUUUCACAUCGAUGAUGAUGAUGAUGAUGAGGAGGAGGUGUCAAACAUCCCAAACAACUUGAGUUUGACACAAAGGAAUCGGUUCAUUUGAAUUUUCCUGAUCUUUUGUGAAUUAAUUAAAAAGGAUAAUCUUGUCUUUUUCCAACAAGAUGUGAAAAGACAAAAAAAACAAAACCUGUAAACACCAGGAAAUAAAUGGACCAAAAUAAUCUGACAUCAAUAAGCACGGACGGCUGAAAUAAAGGUGGCAGAUUUCAAUAGUUUUAAUUUGAAAAGUGAAAGAACUCUUGUUUGGAUGAAUGAGAUCCUCUCUUCCUGUUUACUUUAUAUAAUGACUAGAACAUCAAAAUUGCUCUUUAAUCCAGUUGGAUUAAAGGUAAUUUAAAGAAAUAUUCUGGUCAAGUAUUGAGUUGAAUCUAUUAAUAAUAUCAAGUGUUACUUUUCUUCAGUGACACUUUGUUUUUACGGAGAAAUGAUUCCUCUGAACUUAAGUUUGGGUUUUCUACACUUUUGCAGAUAGAACUUUUGGUAUAAAUUGUAAGGAAAAGUGUUUAUAUGAAAUAAACAUGAAGUAUUUAUUUA